GAAGAAAAAAGCUCUCUCCCUCUCCACGUUCUUGUACAAGCCCGGUAUCCGGGUGGUGGUGGCGCUCCCCAACGAGCUCCUCGCCGCGGCCACGUCGCACCCGGGCUACACGCUCGGGUGGGUGCAGCGCAACGUGGCGGCGUACUACCCGGCGAUCCAGAUCGCGGCCGUGGCCGUGGGCAAUGAGGUGUUCGCGAGCCCGCGCAGCAACCUCAUCACGCUCCCCGUCCCGGCCAUGACCAACGUCCACGCCACGCUCGCGCGCCUCGGCCUCGACGGCUCCGUGAAGGUCUCCUCCCCCAUCGCCCUCACCGUGCUCCGCUCCUCGUACCCGCCCUUCGCGGGCACGUUCCCCAACGACCUCGCGGAGCGCGUAAUGCGCCCGAUGCUCGACCUCCUCCGCCACACCGGCUCCUACCUCAUGGUCAACGCCUACACCUUCUUCGCCUACUCCACUGAUGCCGCGCUCAUCUCCCUCGACUAUGCUGCCAACCGCCCCGACACCGGCCUCGUCUCCGUCAUGGCCGGCCUCGUCACCGCUCACCAGGUGUUCGAUCUACGUCCGCAAUGAGCAGCGCUUCUUUAAAAAGAG